UGCUCCUUGCCUACUAUCCGAAAGAGGAAACAGAUAGACGGAACAAGGAAAUGACCUCUAGCCGGUCCAAUGACAUCACAGGUUCCGCGUUCAUUCAGAGAGGCGCUGUAUGAGAGGAGCGCUCUGACUAUUUUCAAGGAUUUCAAGGUUUUCAAUGGUCUCUGUUUCAAGCAAAACGCGCUGUUGAUUCGUGCAGUUUCGGCGGAGUGAACCGGAUCAGCGACAUGUCGGGGGAAGCAAGUUCUCCGGAUGGGAAUGGCAAGGUUAGUCGGGUCAUCCGGAUUGGAACCCGCAAGAGCCAGUUGGCUCGCAUCCAGACUGACAGCGUGGCGGACAAGUUGAAAGAACUGUACCCUCACAUCCACUUGGAAAUAGUUGGCAUGUCAACCACAGGAGACAAAAUCCUUGACACAGCUUUAUCAAAGAUUGGAGAGAAGAGUUUGUUCACCAAAGAGUUGGAGAAUGCUCUGGAGAGGAAUGAGGUUGAUCUGGUUGUUCACUCACUGAAAGACCUGCCCACCACUCUGCCUCCAGGAUUCACCAUCGGGUCUGUGCUGAAGAGAGAGAACCCACAUGAUGCAGUGGUUUUACACCCCAAAAAUGUAGGGAAAACUCUUGAUACUCUGCCAGAAAACAGUGUGAUCGGCACCAGUUCACUGCGCCGUGCUGCUCAGCUGAAGAAGAGAUUCCCCCACCUGGAUUUCAAAGACAUUCGUGGGAACCUGAACACACGUCUGAAGAAGCUGGACGAGAAGGACGACUUUGCUGCCAUCAUCCUGGCUGCUGCCGGACUCAAGAGAAUGGGCUGGGAGAACCGGAUCAGCCAGAUCCUGGGCCAUGAAGACUGUAUGUACGCUGUUGGACAGGGUGCUCUGGCAGUGGAGGUUCGGGCCAGAGAUGCAGACAUCCUGGAGAUGGUAUCUGUCCUCCAUGACCCAGACACUGUGCUGCGCUGCAUAGCUGAGAGAGCCUUCCUCAGACACCUGGAGGGUGGGUGCAGUGUCCCAGUGGCUGUACACACUGAAGUGAAGGACUCCCAGCUCUACCUGACGGGGGCAGUGUACAGCCUGGAUGGAUCAGACAGUCUGAAGGAAACCAUGCAGACUAGCAUUGCUGCUGCUGAUAAGAACCUAGAAGAGGUGGACGAGCAGGUCCAGCGAGUGGGAGUCACAGCCAGCAAGAUUUCAGGUGAAGCCCAGGACAGGGCUGAGCGGCUGGGGGUCGACCUGGCCAAGUUACUGCUGAGCAAAGGAGCCAAGGAAAUCCUGAUGGUGGCCAGGCAGCUCAACGACGCCAGAUAAUCCUGCUCGGCUGAGGGGCAGGGCUCCAGAGGUGACCGGGUCCUCGAGUGAAGGAGUCAGUCACAGCCUUGUGUCAAGUAAAAACUUGAAUUCCUUUUUUAUGUUACACAUUUGAUGUUGCUUGAGGAAAAAGAAUGGUGACUUUCUGUUACACCAGGUGAGCUCAGUCAACAGCAGAUAAAUUGUUGAGGAUUUCAAACACUACUUGGACCAAAGUUGUGCUCAGUGUGGUACAACGCUGCUAAACUUAGUCAUUAUCAGCUUGUUCAGGGUCACUGCAGUCUGUAGCACUCUUGGUCUUGGUUCCAGCUUGUUCUUGCAUACAGUACCUCAUGGAACCAUCUCCUGAGCCAUGUAGAAACCGCCUUACUGGGAUUAUCAGUGAGAAACACAAAAUGGCCUUCAAACCUUGUCGCAGUAUGUACUUGUUUUUUUUUUUUUAAAGCAUAUCAGUAUAUUAAUGGAAUGCCACUAAAAUAUUAAUGGAAUGCCAUUAAAAUUCAGCAUUCUCAAAUAUUUUCCCCCAUAACCAAGGAUGUUUCAUCAACGUCCAUUAUUGUUCCCUACAAACAGGAAAAAAAGAGAAGUUUACCCAGAGUUCCUCUCUUACCUCUUAGCUGCAUUCUCAUUUGGAAAAGCUGACUUUUGAUGGUACCAAAGAUGAGUUUCCAAGCAGGUGGGCACAUUUUCUGGUUCGGCGCAGGCAACACUGCAGUGAAACGGGGCUCAUUUAGGUGUGAAAGUUGCUAAAUAUAAAUGUAAAUUCAGUCCUUCAUUCAUCAGCUCUAAGUUAUAUGGCCAAGAGUCGACAGUGACUUUCUUCCUUAAACUUCUUCAUAUUCACAAGUACUUGAUCAGGCCUUAUCCAUUGGAAAAAUUAGUGUUUAUAGUGUAGUGUUUUAUCACGUUGGCUUCCUGAGAAACAAGUGCCCGAUUUUAGGAGUGUGCUAGCUACCUCUUUUAGAGGGAGAAUAUAUUUAAUAUACAUGAUAAGAUGGUGGGAGUGUUUUGUUUUACCCCACCUGUGGCACAGCUAGUAAAUUUGUACAGCUUUGUACUGAACCUAUAUGAAGUACAGUUCCACUACAUGACUGGAAAUUACUUGUUUAACACUGGAGCAAUCCCUGCAUCUGUUUUCAGUUUUCUGCUCUGAUUUUAAAUGUGUAUAGCAACAGUUUGUCCUGUUUAUGCUUUGCUGAUAUUGUGUCUUGGUGCAAUAUCACUACAGAUACAGCACCACGUUAAGUAUCACCUGUGACCUUAUGAUUUUUAAAUACGGUGUAAAUGCUACAGUUGUGGAUAUACAGUAGUAUAAUCAACUGUUUUAAAAAGUAAAGGGCACAGCAGCAAACCUACUCAUUGGCUUUCAUGAACUGGCUAUAGGGUGAAUUACUGUUGUUAUAGAUGUAAAGUAGCCAAACAGCCCUUAUUUAGCUGAAAAUAUCAGAUUAUUUAAACCACAAGUGUUUUACAGCUGUAUUGCCACACGCAAUACACUGGCUCAAAGCUUGGCCAUUAUGGACUCAUUCAUGCAGAUGGUACUUGUAUGUUGUGGUGUAGUUCUACUGAAGCACCAUUGCAUUCAACAAACAAAACAAAAAUUAGAGAACUCAUAACUGACUCUCAUACUUAUGAAUUCUGUAUCUCAUAACAGUUUUCUUGUGAUUAUGGGAUAAAUAUCUUGUCAUGAGAUAGUAUCCUUGUAAUUCUGAUUUAAUAUCAUAAUUACAACAUCCGUAACUCAUAAUUAUAAGAUCUUUAUCUCCUAGUUAUGGAAUUGUUUUUUUUUCUCAUAAUUUUGAGAUAUGGAUGUUCUAAUUAUGAGAUGCUAAGUCAUAAUCAAGAGAUACAGAAGUCAUAAUUCCAAGAAUAUAUACUUUGGUGAAUGCAAUGCACACCCGUAUAGUUCAUCCACAGCUACUAAAAAUUUUAGCAGUCUACAAGUUUUUAUAUAUAAUUACCAAAAUAAAAGAAUGAAAAACAUCUGUAUUUGCUGUAAUUUUGUCAUGCAAGAUAUCAAAACUGAAGUGUUUCCAAAAGCAAUAGAUUUUCAAACUUGUUGACCUCAGUGACUUGCCUAUUGAAAUAAAUGUCUUGAAUGCCAUUGUUUGUCUUUCUAUAGUUUCUAAGUGCCAUCUCAGUAAACUGCAUAUCUGCCUUACAUAGCACUAUGUCUGCUUUUUCUUUGAUAAAUCACAGUAGAUGCAUCAGUAUACUAUAGUGGCAGAGACAUGUUGAAGAACUGCAUAUCCAAAACCCUUUGUAAAUUUGAAAUACACAAGCGCAUUAAGGGAAAACAAAUGUAAAAGCCACAACAAUGAAGUGAGCAACAACGGAUGAUGACAAUGAAACGGGACGACUAUUGUCCGUUUGAGAAGUAUGAAACAUUGCAGAGUAUAUAAAUAUGAAAAUGUAAAGACAUUGAACAAUAUUGCUCAUUUGUGACAAUCACACAGCGAUAGUAAUCAUAGUUAGCUAGAGAACGUUUCACUUCUCAAACGGGAAAGAACUUUCCUCUUCCACAUGUGUAGGCAAAAACAAUCUACUGGCAAUAAUAGUCAGCCCAUUUCAUUGUCAACAUCUGUUGUUGCUCUCUUCCGUUAUGUUGUGGCUUUUGCAUUUGUGUUUUCCAUUAAUGCGCUUGUGGUUUUCGAAUUUGCAAAGCGUUUUGGAUGUGCAGUUAGUUCGACACGUCUCAGCCCCCAUAGUAUACCCACUGUACAGUUAGCGUGAUACCAUGUUUUUUAUUUUAUAGGUCUUUAUUGUAUAUUAUACUUAAUUUAAACCUCCUGAGACAAUAUGAGGUAACGUUAGCCAUUUGUUUUUCAGCUUUAAUUUCUGUACGAAUUAACAUAGAAUGUUUCUGUAUUUAGAUUCUUUAUCAUAGUACUCAUUGUUGCAUCAAUUUGUUAAUGACAAAAUAUUUACAUUGUAUCAAGUGUUUUUGUUUUGGCACGUACGUGAACAUUAUGUCAAAUUUAACCACAAACAAAUGUCAAUAAAGCUGUGUGUUAUACCUGUCCA